CGCUUCUCCAUGUUGGAUGUCUUUGAUUCAGGGGUAAUAUUUUAGUAAAACAAAAUGAAAUUGAAGAGAUUUUUACUGCGUUAUUAUCCACCAGGUAUCAUAUUAGAAUAUGAACAGGGUGAGAAAUUGAAGACGAAAUCAAUAGAUUUAUUAGAUCUAAAACCAGAGACAGAUGUUGAUAGUAUAGUUGAUGAAAUUACCAGAAAAGAACCAUUAAUAUCAGCUAGUAAAGCUGAACAAGUUCAUAAACUCAUUGUUCGUUUACAAGAAAAAUUGUGUCAUGUUGAAGAUCGUUAUUUUUAUUUGUUUAAAGUUUUAAGAGCACAUAUCCUUCCAUUAACUAAUGUAGCAUUUAAUAAAUCAGGCUCUAGUUUUAUAACAGGGAGCUAUGAUAGAACAUGUAAAGUAUGGGAUACAGCCUCUGGUGAAGAAUUACAUACAUUAGAAGGUCAUAGAAAUGUUGUAUAUGCCAUAGCCUUUAAUAACCCUUUUGGGGAUAAGAUUGCCACUGGUUCGUUUGAUAAAACUUGUAAAUUAUGGAGUGCUGAAACUGGUAAAUGUUACCAUACAUUUAGAGGUCAUACAGCAGAAAUAGUAUGUUUGGCAUUCAACCCACAGAGUUCUGUAAUAGCUACAGGUAGUAUGGAUACCACAGCUAAAUUAUGGGAUGUACAAACUGGUGCUGAAUUAAAUACACUUAAUGGUCAUUCUGCUGAAAUUAUAUCUCUAUCAUUUAAUUCUACUGGUAUAUUAUUAAUAACAGGAUCAUUUGAUCAUACUGUAUCAGUGUGGGAUACAAGAUCUGGGCAACAAGUUCAUACAUUAAUAGGUCAUAAAGCUGAAAUAAGUAGUGCUCAAUUUAACUGGGACUGUUCAUUAAUAGCUACAGGUUCUAUGGAUAAAACAUGUAAAAUAUGGGACACUGAUUCUGGUAGAUGUAUAGGAACAUUACGUGGUCAUGAAGAUGAAGUAUUAGAUGUAGCGUUUGAUUAUACAGGACAACAUUUAUUAACAGCUUCUGCUGAUGGUACUGCUAGAUGUUAUAAUGCUAUCACACAUAAUCUAAUAUCGAAAUUUGAAGGACAUGAAGGGGAAAUUUCUAAGAUAUGUUUUAAUCCGCAAGGUACUAAAGUAUUAACUGCUAGUUCUGAUAAAACUGCUAGAAUCUGGGACCCUGAAACAGGAGAUUGUAAACAAGUAUUAGAGGGUCAUUCUGAUGAAAUAUUUAGUUGUACAUUUAAUUAUGAAGGGAAUACUAUCAUCACAGGAAGUAAAGAUAAUACCUGUAGAAUAUGGCGGUGAAAAUAUGAGAAGACAACUUGUGCAAUCAUCUGGUCAUAGAUUAUGUAGCCAUCUUGUUUCCUCACAUUCCAGCUGUAGCUUUAUAUGUUAUCUAGCAUUGUACCGCCUUAUCAGUAUUCUUCAUUAUUGUCAAAAUUAUAUUAAACUAGUUUGUGUGUACCUGUGAACUUGUUUGCAUGUUUUAGAUUAUAUUUCAAUUUAGUUGUAGAUUGUUUGAUUUCUAAAUGCUAAUGUAACACAUAUCAACUUUAUUUGUCUAAUGUCAUCUUCUUAAUAUCAAGUUCUAUGCUUAUGAUAUAUUUGAUUGAUGCUGCAUUUUUCAUUUUUAAGAAAAUUAAUGACCAAAAUGAACUCUUAUACAAAUCAAAUCUACAAAACAAUUCAAAUUUCUUUAACAAUACUGCAU